AUGGCAAAAAGGCCUGCCGACCCCAAGCUCACCGUCCAAACAGAACCGCUACUGAUUGCCUGUCUGUGUCUGCAGGGCCGGAGGAUCCUCGCAGCUUCGCACAAUAAGUCCGCUCUGCUGUGGUGCCUGGAUGACUCGGUUCCCAAGGUCACUCUGACGGGUCACAGCAGGAAGGUAACAGCAGCCAGGUUCACCUGCUCCCCCCACCAGGUGGUGACAGGAAGCACCGACCGGACCAUCAGGCUCUGGGACCUGAAAAGAGCCGCCUGCUUGCAGCAGAGGGAGGUGGCAUCAUUUUGCAGCGACCUGGUGUGUUCUGAAAACAGCAUCAUCAGUGGACACUUUGACAGCAAGAUCAGAGUCUGGGACUCCAGGACGGUGAGCUGCGUUCAGGAGCUCCCCUCGCAGGGUAGAGUCACUUCGUUGGACCUGAGCUCAGACCGCCGCCAGCUGCUAAGCUGUUGCCGAGACGACUGCCUCCAGCUGGUGGACCUCAGGUGGAGCAACGACCGGAUGUGCUUCAGAGCUGACGGAUUCAAAUGUGGCAGCGACAGCACAAAGGCCGUCAUCAGUCCAGACGGAUGCUACCUGGCAGCCGGAUCAGCUGACGGAGCCGUUUACAUCUGGAACGUUUCCAAAGGGAACCUGGAGACCCGCCUCCAGGGCCAACACAGUUCUUCCAUCACCGCUGUGUCCUGGUCUCUCUCCGGGGAAUACGUCGUCAGUGUGGACAGGAGCCGGCGGGCCGUAUUGUGGAGAGACAUCUGACCAAUCAAAUGGGCUUCCCUGCAGGGACUCCUCUGAACCGGCCAAUCCAGCAGCAGCUACUGUUCUAAUGGAUCUGAGGGCUGUACUAAAGAACAUUUGUGGGUUUUUAAGCUACAUUUUGAGAGAAUCAAAGGGAAGUUUAACCUUAUUUUUUGUUUUCUCCCAGGACUGUGCACAGAUUUAACAAAGGGAAAACAGAUUUGAUUAAAGGAACACUGACUCUUUUU